CGACGUUUUUCCCAAAAGAAAUUUGCAUUGAAACAUCAUGGGUGCCAUCUUAUCAAGGAAUAGAGAAAGCAGAGAUUAUUCCAGAAAUCUACGUUCUAUCCCUGAUAUAAUUCAAUUACGGAACGUCUGCUGCAAAUGUAAUGUUCAGUUUGAAACAAAGAAGAAUUUGGACGAACACAUGCAAAGAGUCCAUGCCGGAACAUUUUACAUGUGUAAUUAUUGCAAUUUAAUCAUCAAGAAUUGGUCCCUGUUCAAACAUCAUAUUUAUUUAUAUCACAACGACGUGGUAUUUUGUUCUUAUUGCUAUAAAGCGUUUACCGAUUAUUUGAGUUUACAUCUGCACUGGAAAAUGCAUGAACCGUUCGAGUGCGAAAUAUGUAAGGAUACGUUUGUUACUCUAUUGAGUUUGAAGGAACACCAUGAUGCAUUACAUCAGAACACAUCAUUCCAACGAACGUUUUUCCGUCGUUUUAGAAGAUAA